AUGGUCAACCUAGCUAUGGCAAUCGCCAUACCAUUGUACAUCUAUCCUACCCCGGGUGCUUGGGAUCCUCUCUACAAGGCCAUCUCUGCGGCUCCAGACACCACCUUCAAUGUCAUCGUCAACCCGGACUCAGGACCUUCAGACGGCGCCUCUAACCCUGAAGUCGUCUCGGCAGUGACGGGUCUUCGCUCCUACAGUAACGUCCAACUGUUCGGCUACGUCCACAUCGAAUACGCACAACGCAACGCCACUGUUGUCCACCAGGAAAUCGCCACAUAUGCAUCUUGGAAGAAGACUGCAAACUCAGACAUUCACCUCGACGGCAUAUUCAUCGACGAAGCACCAUACGAACUCAAAUACCUGCCCUACUUGAAGGACAUCCAGGAUUACGUCCAUGAAGUCAUGCCCGAAUCCCACCAACAAGUCUGGACCAACCCAGGCAUCCCCAUCGACGCUCAAUUCUACGAGUAUGCUGAUUUGGUCAAUGCUUAUGAGAACUCGUAUGACGAUUGGAAUGCUGGCGGCAAGGACGAGAUUCCCGAAUGCCUGAGACAGAAGAGCACAGUCAUGAUAUACAGCUUCCCGGACUCAGAUGCGCAGCUGAGCAAUUACACCGAGAGUACCAUUGCGGCAGGAUACAACGCCACUUUGCUCACGACCAGUGCUGGAUACACAGAGUUUUCGGCUAGUUUGAUGCAGUUUGUCCAUGAUGUCGACAGCUUGACCAAGACGACAAAGGUCAAGACCUUGCCACAGUGUGCAGAAGAGUGCGAAGAGUAG